AUGCACUCUCAGUAAUACAACAAUAAUAUGAUAAUUUAACGUUAAGGAAACAGCUAAGGAUAAGUUAUAGGAGUAGAUUAAGGUCAUUACCAAGCAUAGAUGUAAAAUAUCUAGCCUUAAUAGCACAUUUAGUAGAUGGUACAAUACCCUGUCAAUCCACCUUAGUUAAUAAACAUAUCUUCAACCUCUUCCUCUUAGAGCUCCUCAGUAAAUCCCUCUUCUUAAAGAGUUAACUCUUAAAAUUUAUAAUAUAAGCAGAAUUCUUAAUAGAUUAACAUGAGUUAAUAAUAGUAGCAAGUAUAGGUACAAGGAGAUAGUUAUGUUCACCCUCACUAAUUAUAAAAUUAAUAAGUUUAGUAAAUAUAGCAGCCAAAUUAAUUAAACUAAUUACAGUCAAGCAGUAGUUCUGGAAGUAAUAACCCUCAUUAAUAGUAGUUUAGUCAUCAUUCAUCUUAAUAGUCACAAUAGUAGCCAAUUUAGCCUUAGCUCAUCUAGAAUUAAGGAUAGUUAAAUUUUCCAAAUAGCCAAAGUCAGUAAUAAGGUGUUGCCUAUAUUCAUCCUAAUGUUAGCACAAAGCAAUAGUAGCCAAAUCAAGUCUAAUAGCAAUAAAUACCUCUUUAGUUAAGUACAAGCUAAUCUUAAUAGUAAUAAUACUCUUCUUAAUAAGAUAGCAGAAGAAACUCAAGCAGAUCAGAAAAGAACUCUUAAGUAAACUGUACACUUCCGAGCUAACCUCAGUAGCAAUCUUUGGUAUUUACAAAUUAAGGUGGUGUUUGUAGUGAUAAGAAUGGACCUUAUGGUGCCUUAGAGUAAUUUGUUGAGCCUAUUUACGAGGAUUUUGUUUAUUUGACUGAAAAAAUUCUUGAUAAAACAAUGAAGUCAGCCAACAAACAGCUUCAAGACACUCUUAUGAAUUACUUCUUAGAAAACCAUGUAAGUAACUUAAUUAUUAAGGAAAUGAACUGCAUCAGCAAAAGAGCAGUCAGAUACGAAAUAGAAAAGACUAUGUAAAAGAAUAAAACAGCAAAGUAUAUGAAUCUAUUGAAUGCUUUUGAAUCUAAAGUUAAAUAAUUUGGAAAAGAAAAAGCAUAUGAAAACCUUUUAAUGCAAUUAAUUACUGAUGAAAAUUCAGGAUCUAAGCAAUCAGAAUAGUGGAAAACUCUUGUUAGAAAACGUAUUCUAGCUCUUCUCCUCUACAUUCAUUGGUCAACUCCAAAUGCAGAAAAUAUUUUCAAUGACUUCUUUGCUAUUUGGGAUUUGAUUUAUCCUAACCAUCCUCUCCCUUAGAAAGUUAAAAAAUCUGCAUAAGGAGGAGCUGGAUCAAAUAAUUAAGUUUCUUCUUAGUUAACAUUUUAGAAUUAAAAUUAGCAACCAAUCGAAAAGCCAUCAAACCCAAACAAAGCUAUGAAAAGGAGUAAAUAAAAAAUUAUAGAAAAUAUGAAUUUGUCAUAAACAUCAUUAAGCAGUUAAGCUACAAAUUUCAAUAGCUAAUCCACUUCUUUAUUCCAAAACACAUAUACAUCAAGUAAUUAAAGAACUGCUAAAGAAUCAAAAAUUACUUCAUCAUAAAGUUAGGCAUCAUCUGAAUUGCAUCGUUCAUCUGUUAAAUCUGAAAAAGAUGUUCCCUCUAUCAGCUAUUCUGAUAUGAGUUAGUACGGUGGUCAGUAUUAACAGCAACAAGGUGUAGUUUAUUAAAAUUAGAGAAAUUAGAUUUACAUAAAUUCAAAUCAUCAGCAAAACCUAAAUGAUGGUAUUCCUCUCCAAUAAACAUCAUCAGGAUUUUAUUCUAACUAAAGCAAUUAAUAAUAUGACUAUAACUAGAAUUAUUAUGGAAAUUAGCAAAGCAGCACUCAAAAUUAUGACUAAAAUUAUAUGAUUCAAACAUAGCCUGUGCAAUAACAAUAGCAAACAAAUAUGAGACCAUAAAAUUAAAUUUUUAAAGGAAGAAUGAGGAGUUAGAGUUGGGAUGAUUUGAAUAAUAAGAAAGAUGAAUACAGUUCUCCCUAAAAUAUUUAAAGUAAUAAUUUGAUUAAUUAAUAGUAAUAGAGUGGAUAUUAUAAUCAGCAGUAAGCCCAUAUGCCUACUUAUUACUAGCAAACUAGUUAGCCAUAUACUUAUGAUUAGGUUGGCGAAUAUUAUGACCCAAAUUAAACAAACCAAUACUCUCACCCUUAGUUAAUUUAAUAAAAUUCUUAAGGAUAUUACACAGAUUAUUAGAAUAACAUACCAUAAUAGCCACAAUAGCAGCUGAAUAUUCCUAACAGGAGAUCAUCAAAUAAUACACCUUAAUAAGUUAUAAACGAUCCAAAUUAGUAGCAACAAAUUUAAAAUUAAAGCUAUGGAUAUAGUGCGCCAAAUUCAAAUUAUCAACAUUAACAAUAUUAAUAGAACCAAAACUAUCAUAAUAACUAUAGCAGCAGUAAUUAACAAUACCAGCAAGUUUAAAAAAUUCCAUUCUAUUAGAAUAACUAGAUUUAUGACAUUCAAGAAGUCAAAUAAGAGGGAACUCCAUCCAGUUAAAAUACAUAAGAAUCAAACAAUAAUCAAUUUUUCCAUAUGGAUAAAAUUAUUCUUCCUGAUCCAGAAUCACCAGAACAAAGAUUAAAAAGAGUUUCAUAGACAAAUCCAUCAAAUAAUUACACACCACUUAAUUCAAAUUCUAGAACUCGUUAUUCUUUACAAUAUAAUUAGCAAGAAGGUUCAAUUAUGCAAUUCCAUUAACAGUAGCUAUAAUAGAGUUAGGGUAAAAAUACAGUUUAAUAACAACAAUAAUUUUAGCAAACAAUACCAAACCAAAAUUUAUCAGGUUAAAAAGUUUAGUAUGAUUAGUCAGGAGGUAAGUAUAAUUAGGCUUCUAUAAAUAACACAAAGUAGGAAGAAGACCUUUACUCUAGCUAAAGCAAUUACAGUGUAAGCAGUAGUUAGAAGUCUCGCUCAGCUAAGGCAAAUAAAAGUUCAAAUUCAAAGCAAAAUUAUGAAGCUAGCAGCGGAAAUGAAAAAUACUCAGAAAACUCUUAAGCAAAUAAAAAUGGUAAUUACAUUAUAGCAAAGCAGGAAGAUAUAGAUUAAGUAAACAAUGGAGAGUCACAAAAUGAUACUCAAAGCGAUUUUAUAAAAGUUGACUAAUAAGAAAAUAAUAACAAAGUUACAUCCGCUCAGUAGAGUGCAUAAUAGUAGCCAACUAAAGGAAAAGAUUAAAAGGCAAACUCUCCUUCAAUUAUUGUCACAUAAUAAAAUAGCGAUAGUCAAAGUAAGUUAUAAUAAAUAUAGCUUCAUCCUGCUCAUAACAACUAGCUACAAAAGCAAAAAGAUACAUCAAACAGUAAAAGAAAUGAAAAAUCUUUAGACAAACCUAACUAGAAUAUAUAUCAGUAAAGUACAAUUAACGAAGAUGAUAAAGAAGAUAGCAUGCCAAGAUGCCAAAAUGAAGGAAAUGGCUCCUCUGACGAAUAUUAUUAAGCUUAAAAUGAUGACACAGAAGCUCAAAUAUCAUAAAACAAUUAAGCCAAGACUAAUCAAACAUAAGCAGAUACCUAAAAUGAUUAAGAUAAUGGAAGCAAUUUAAAUUAAAAUCCAAUUUACAGACAUCCUAGUAAAGAAAGAGCUCCAAUAAUAAAUAACAAUCUAUUCUAAGAUUUCCAACAUCCAGAAGACAUAUAUUUAAAUCCUUCUGGUAUUAAUAAUAUAAAUAACAAUCUUCUUAAUGUAGAAGAUAAGUUUAUAAGAAACAGUCAAAGACAAAAUACAGGAGCUUCAUGCAUGAGUAUUGAAAGUGAGAAAACUCCCUUUAAGAGAAGUGAAACAAGAAAUAUGACAGGUUUAUCUAAUAUAUCUAUUGAAUCCGAUAAAGAAGGCAGAACUCCCUCAUAGAUCAAUCGUUCUAAAUUUUUCUUCCGUCAUCAAAACAGUUUAGAAUUCCCAGCUGUUUUUGGAGUAAGAUCGAAUGUAAGAUAAGGCACAGCUAUUUCUAAUAUCAGCGACGGAUUAGGUGCUAAUGACAUGAUUGGAAGUUAAACAAAUAUAAAUCAAUUCUUCUAAAAAAGGAGUAAUUUUAAGCAAUUCUCUGGGAUAUCUCAUAUUUCAAUUGAAGGCGGUGAAUUCAAUUACUUGCAAAUGAUGCAGACAAGUAAUUAAAGCUAAAACUUUGGUAAUAUACAACGUUCCUAACUUAGAAAAAGGACAAAUUUGUCAGUCGAUAGUCUUGCCAGCUUUAACAUAAAGCCUGAUAAAGAUUUACAAAAUCUUUCUUUCGAUUUAGAAAAUUUAAGCAUUCAUAAUUAGCAAUUAGAUAAUAAUGGAUAAAUUUUACAACCUGACACUAUAAAUGAAAACUCAAAUAUAUUAGACGAUAAGCAAAAUAAUAAUAUUUUCUACAAUUACUCUCCAAAUAAUGAAAUUCUUCCUUGA